AAUUGAAUCGCGAUUCAAAUCAAAUUGAUUAAAGAAAUCAAUUAAAAAAAAUAAUAACCGACCCAAACUAAUCCAUGACCUUCUAAAAACCUCUAUAUAUACCCCAAACCCAAAAAGAAACGGGUUAUUUUCCCUCUCUUCGUUUUACUUCCCAAAAAUAUUCCAAACUAUUUUCAAAUUUGCUUAACAUAAGUGUGUGAGCUGAGCGGCGGAGCUCCGAAUACCAAAUCGCCGACAAUGAGUUCCGGCGCUGGCACUGGAACCAGCGGCGGAAGCGGCGGCGUAGAUUUACCUAAACCUUCAAAAUUCGCGGUGUAUCAGAAUCCAGCUUUCUCUGCUGCUUUAACAACAAAUAGUCUCCGUCCUUCUAAAUCUACUUUCGUCUUCAUAUUUACGGUUUCGAUUGCUUCUGCUUAUACUCUUCUUCAGAGUUUUUCUAGGGAAAGCGGGAUUGCGGACAGCCUGAAAUUCAGAUAUGUUUCUCAAGAAACUGCUUGUCUUAUUGUCAGACUCAUACAGGCUUUUGCAGCCAUAGUCUUAUUUGGAACCUUUCUUGCCCUUGUCAAGGCUAUUUAUUUAUGUACAACGAAGACCACUGAUGUGUCAAUUAUGUCUCCUUCCAAAGGAACAAAGGAGAAUACACUUCUGACUAAUCGACAAUUAGGGCUUCUAGGGAUUAAACCAAAUAUUGAGCAAACUACGAUGGAGUCUUCAACGAGACCUCCCAAAUCAAGAGGUGUGUCAGCCUCUCCAUCAGAUGUCCUUGUCCCUGUUCAUCCGCCGAUUUCUAGUUCAAAGCAUUCAUCUAGACUUAGUGGUGACAAAGUUAGAACUGGUAGCGGAACUACAAUACCAUCUUUUAGCACCCCAUCAAAAUCACCGGCUUCCCCAUCCUUGUAUCUUGUUUCAGCAUCUUCCUCUCAAUCACCUUCAAUCCAGUCUUCACCGGGUGGGGAACACAUGGUUGCCACCCCUUGGUCAAACAAGCGAGCUACUUUCCAUAAAGAGAUUGCAACGGAGGAACAGCUUGAAAGGUUCCUGGCUGAUGUCGAUGAGAGAAUUACGGAAUCAGCAAGCAAGUUGGCGACUCCACCACCCACCAUAAGUGGGUUUGGUGUAGCCAGUCCUGGUAAUCUGCCUAGUUCCACUAAUACUUCUGGAACUCCGAGAAGUACUCCUCUAAGGCCUGUUAGGAUGUCCCCUGGUUCUCAGAAGUUCUCAACUCCACCAAAAAGAGGGGAAGGCGAUCUACCGCCUCCAAUGUCAAUGGAAGAGUCGAUUGAUGCAUUUGAACAUCUGGGGAUCUAUCCACAGAUCGAGUUGUGGCGUGACAGACUCAGGCAAUGGUUUUCAUCCAUGCUGCUAAAGCCUUUGCUUAACAAAAUUGAUACUAGUCACACGAAGGUUAUGCUAGCUGCUGGCAAACUGGGCCUUACAAUCACUGUCAGUCAAAUUGGAAAUGGAACACCGGAUACUGGGACUGCUGCUAUAUCUACUACUGAGAUGACGAAUGAGUGGAAACCCUCAUUUUCUGUUGACGAAGAUGGAUUACUUCACCAGUUGCGUUUAAGUCUUGUCCAGGCUCUUGAUUCUUGCAUGCUUGCAGCAAGGUCAACUUCUGGAGGUCUUCAACCGUCCUCGCCACAAAACUCUAUGAUCCCUAUUAUACAAGAGUGCAUUGAUGCCAUCACUGAACACCAAAGACUUCAAUCAUUAAUGAAAGGAGAAUGGGGCAAGGGAUUGCUGCCACAAAGCGGUGUGCGUGCAGAAUAUACAGUACAGAGGAUUCGAGAGCUUGCUGUAGGAACGUGUUUGAGGAACUACGAUUAUUUGGGCAGUGUAGAGGGUUAUGAGAAAGGAAACAAGAAAUGGAAUCCCGAGCUUCCAACCGAUUCUCAUUUGCUCCUAUAUUUGUUUUGUGCUUUCCUGGAACACCCAAAGUGGAUGUUACAUGUCGAUCCUACAGCUUAUUCUGGAAUCCAGUCUAGCAAAAAUCCGUUGUUUUUGGGCGUUUUACCUCCUAAAGAAAGGUUCCCUGAAAAGUAUGUAGCUGUUGUGUCCGGCGUUCCCUCUGUGCUACAUCCAGGAGCUUGCAUAUUGGCUGUCGGAAAGCAAAGUCCCCCAGUUUUUGCGCUAUACUGGGAUAAGAUGCCUCAGUUUUCUCUCCAGGGAAGAACAGCACUUUGGGAUUCAAUCUUGCUGCUGUGCUAUAAAAUUAAGAUCGGGUAUGGAGGGUUAGUGCGCGGUAUGCAUCUUUCUUCAUCAGCAUUGGGUAUUCUCCCGGUUCUUGAUUCAGAAAAGGACGACUGCUGAACUUGAAUUCAACUCUGCAUAAGAUUCUUGAUGUAGAUUGGUGAGACAUCCCGAUUCCUGAGAAUAUGGUUCGCCAUUAGCAAUUGUAUCUUGUGUAAUUCAGGUUCUCAAAACAAAGAACCAUCGAUGUUGUUGGCAGAGAAAGUGCUUUGUUCUUCAUUUUACUGCAGAAUUUAGAGGGCGUUUGGAUUGAAUUUUAAAAAGUAGCUUACAACCCCCUGAGCCCAAACACCCCAUUGACCUGUUUCAGCGCAUCUCUCUUUUGAAUAGUAUAUAUAACAUACGACACUAAUUGCACUCCG